AUGGAGGAUGCACAGCUGUAUGUGGCAGCCAACGGUCUCCAGCGGCGGGACGCCCUCCUGGUGCUGUCGGAGUACCUGCCUCAGAUGGCCUGGCGCCAGGAUGGCGAGACCGUCCUCGACGUGGGCUGUGGCUCAGGCGACGUGACCAGGAACCUGCUGCUGCCACUGCUGCCGCCAGUGACGCAGGUGGUAGGGGUGGACGUCUCCCAGGAGAUGGUCUCCUUCGCCUCUAAGACCUUCAGGCACGACGGCCUCGCCUUCCACCACCUGGAUAUCGAGAGAGCUGUCCAACCUCGGCAGAUCUUCCCCGAUGGCUUUACUAAGGUGUUCUCGUUCUACUGCCUGCACUGGGUGCAGGGGCAGCAUGCGUGUCUGAACAACAUGUACCAGCUGCUGCAGCCGGGCGGGGAGGCCCUCCUGGUCUUCCUGGCCCACAACCCGCUCUUCACCAUGUACCAGAACAUGAGCCACAAGUCCCGCUGGCACCAGUACAUGCAGGACGUGAACAACUUCGUGUCGGUGUACCAGCACAAGACGGACCCAGCCCAGGACAUGAUGGACCUGGCCGAGGACAUCGGCUUCCAGAUUGUCUCCUGCGAAGCCCCGGAGCUGGAGUUCGUCUUCGACAAUAUCAACUACUUGAGGAAUGCCAUUAAGGCAGUGAACCCUUUCUUGAAGAGGAUCCCGACGGAGGAUCAGGAGGCCUUCCUGAUGGAGUGCCUGCAGGAGCUGGCCAAGCUGAAGACCAAGCGCCAGGAUGGCAGCACUGUGGCUCGCUACAACCUUAUGAUCGCCCAUCUCCUCCGCCCGGAGUGACCACAUCCCUGGGGAGAACCCUCCGCCCGGAGUGAUCACAUCCCUGGGGAGAACCCUCCGCCCGGAGUGACCACAUCCCUGGGGAGAACCCUCCGCCCGGAGUGACCACAUCCCUGGGGAGAACCCUCCGCCCGGA